CAAAUAGCUUUGUUAUUCCCAAAGCAACAAAUUAAAAACAAACUAAACAAGAGAAAGAAAGACUGCAUGUGUUACUUACUGCUAGUCCACUUCUCUCUACCUAUCUUUAACAUGAUCUAUAAUUUUUUUUUAUUAUUUAAUAAUUAUAUAUUUAUUUUUCUCUCAACUGUCUUGUCUGACUGUCUUUAUCUCAAGUGCCCUAGGCUUCUCCACUGGCUAUAAACAAACUUUGCAGGCUUUUUUAUGUCAGAAUGUGAGGUAUCUGCCAAAGAGAGAACCCACAAACACACACAAGUUCAAUUCACUACUUAAAAAGCUUCCUUUUUUUCUUCUUCUUUGGUUGCUCACCAAACAGAAAAAUAGUGUUUAUAAACUCCCAAGUCCCAACCAAAUAUAAAAGACACUGUCUUAAAACUCAAAUCUUAUUAUUAUUCCUUUGUUAUUGUUUUUUUUUUCUUUUAGGCACUUUUUUCUUUAUUUCUCUCUCUCUUUCUAUGGACUUCCAUCUGAAGCAAUGGAGAAAUCAGCAACAUGAGUCAGAACAUCACCAACAACAUUCUGCAAAGAUACCAAAACUUGUUAUCGAAACCCAUCACAUGAAACAAGACCUCUCUUCUACUUGUUCUGAACCUCUUCCUCUGUUUGUACCUGAGCCACCAAACAUCACUAAAAUGAUCACAACUGGUACUCUGUCUACUGAUUCAACUACUUCUCCCACUACUAGAAUCCCAAGAGGAGGAAUGGGUAGUUACUUUAGUUUGGCCCAAUGGCAAGAACUAGAGUUACAAGCUUUGAUAUUUAGGUACAUGUUAGCUGGUGCUACUGUUCCUUCUGAGCUUCUUCAACAUAUUAAGAAAAGCUUUAAUCUUCUUCAUACGACACCGUAUUUCUUGCAUCAUUCUCUUCAACCUUAUCCCCAUUUUCAACCUUCCCCUACUUUGUUACAGUCGGGUUAUUGGGGAAAAGCAUCCAUGGAUCCGGAACCUGGUCGGUGCCGGAGAACCGACGGGAAGAAAUGGCGGUGUUCAAGAGAUGUGGUGGUUGGUCAAAAGUACUGUGAGCGCCACAUGCACCGUGGAAGAAAUCGUUCAAGAAAGCCUGUGGAAAUCCCCACACCCACCACCACCACCACCGGCGGCGGAAGACUCGCCGGGGACGGCGUCGGUAGAGGGACUCUUGCUUCUAACAAUGGUCCAUCUCCUUUGUCAACGUCAUCUAAUGCAGCCCAUUUCUCACUUUCAAUGCCAACAUCCUCCAUAGAUCUCCUCCAUCUCAACAACCGGAGUAACGCUUCAGAUGUUAAAAAUGAAAAUAAGGACUUGUUUAAACCCCAUAAUGAGGUCUCCGGCGACGGCAAAUCGGACGGUCACAUACUCCGGCACUUCUUUGAUGACUGGCCGAGAUCACUUCAAGAAUCAGGAAAUGUAGAAAUUAAUAAUAAUAAUACUAAUAAUAAUAACAAUAACAAUAAUAGGAUGAGGUCGAGUCCAAUGAGCUCAGCUUCAAGCUUAUCAAUUUCCAUAACGGGAAACAACUCAUCAUCAACUUCUGAUAUUUCGUUGAAGUUGUCAACUGGUGGAAACGGAGAGGAAAUGGGCCACCCAGAAGCCCAUUCUGAUCGUCAGCAGCAGUCUCAGUUGGGCUGGGCCUCCAGUGGAUGGGCUUCAAACCCAAUGGCCUCAAUGGGUGGGCCGCUGGCUGAGGCCCUGCGAUCCUCCAACUCCAAUUCAUCAUCUCCUACUAGUGUUCUCCAUCAGUUGCCUCCUCGUUCUUCUGCCUCUGACACUUGCAUUGUCAGCACUUAAGUUUUUUUUUUUUUUUGGAUAAUAUAUUUACUUUGGGCCUAAAUUCUAACUUGAUGCUCAAAUGUAUAAAUUGCAUGUUUUUUAUUUUUCUUUAAUUUAAUGGUUUGUUUCCACUAAAACAAAAAGUAUUGCUUUGUAACGGAGUGGAGUGGAGUGGUAAUAGGAUCAUUUCUAUUGCUAAAUGAUUUUGUUU